AUGAGGAAAGGUGUCACAGGACAUCCCAUGAUUGCAAUUAUUGCUACUAAUGAGGGGAAGCGAGCUCUCCCAGAGAUUCCAUUCAGAGGUUCUUGUUACUAUUGCAACAAAAUCGGUCAUAGACAAAAAGAAUGUAGAAAGGCAAAGAUAAACCAAAGGGUGGCUGAUGGAUGGCAUGCCUAUCCCUCUGGGCCUUUCAAAGAAAGAAUAGAUCAGAAAGUAUAUGAAAAGAUUGACCGAAAUGAACCUCCAGAUAAAACAG